AAUGUCAAAUACGAUGUAAGAAACAAGGUUAUGAUUGUAUUAUGCAUAAUUGAGACUGACUUACGUUAUUAACGGUAGCGGAGUCCAAACGAUACAAAAAGGGAAUCUUUGCCUCUCCGGAUGAAUGCUGAGGUCCAUCUCGAGCGAAUCAUUUGACAGCUCUGGAAUAUCUGUCAACAGAUCAGGAUCCCUCAUCGUUCAUACGAUAUGCAGCUGCAGCGCUAUGGCGUCAUAUGGUGAUCUUCGUGACGUUUUGGUGGAUCCUCGCAACUAACGGGAACAUCAUCCGGAACGAGGACAUUUGCGGAUCACAUAAUGGCAGGCGUCUUUAUCUGGAGCUGAGUGAGAAGGGUAUCCUCUACGCGAAGAACGUCACCUUUGUCAGGAACUCGAGGCAGCUGACAUCGCGUCUUUACUCCACCACCAUCACCAACAGCUCCCAUCAUCAAUGCAGCCUUGAACUGGUGACCUGUCCGUCCUGUGUAAUAGUUGUUACUUUUAAAAAUAUUGCCUUGUCACAUCAUUGCGGCGACGGAGGCAUCGUGAUGGACAGCCUCUGCAGGUGCGACUACGUAUGGCUCUCGGAACCACCUUACGAGGAUGUUUCCGGCUCACCGUUCUGCGGAUCAAAUACACCAGUCACAUAUAGAUCGAGCACGAGAACUCUGUCUAUAAAUCUAUUUUAUAGCCAGUUCCAUAAGCACGCGUUUACUAUCGAGUACACGGCAGAAAGAAAUAGAUUGCAUUUGAAAGGUACGGAAAUGACAUCGGAAGUACCGACAAAGGGUUUGAAUGGCACCACCGGCACUGGAAUUUUGACGUCGCCGUUUUUUCCGGCUCGAUAUCCUCGUGAUUUGGGUCUGGAAUAUGUCAUAACAUGUCCCACCGAAGCUCCUUCUUGUCGCAUCAGAUUGCUGUUUAGCGACUUCCAAUUAGCGACAGUUUCCAUUAUGGAGUUUUACGACUGGAAUGGACAACGUUUAGACGUGAGUAGCGGAGCGCGAUUUCGACCACCGAUCAUAAUGAGUUCCGGUUCAUCGUUGCUGGUAAGGUUUUACGCGAACGGCGGCACCGGUCUUGGUUACAAGGCUUUUUACUCUUUUGUGAUCGGUCAUACAUACGAUAAAUCCAUACAACCCAUCACCGACUGCGGCGGAUACGUGGAAAAUCUGGGCGGCGCUAUUACGAUGAUGAACAUGGUCGGUCAAGGAAAAACAUUGAAAAUCUACGAUUGCGUCUGGCUAAUCAGACCACCCAAGAACUUUCUGCACAUGAAGACGCAUAUGUAUCUAAAAGUAGUGAGUUUUGCCGACAUGGCCGGCAAUACGGAGUUAAUUAUCAAGGAGGGUCCAACUUCGGCCUUGAUGUCGUUGGAAGUAAUUCGACAUCCAUCGAGUCAGUUGCAAUCCCUUAGAUACCGGGAACACAUUGCACCUGUCACCAGCGGGUUCCACGUGAGUCUUCGCGGUACGUUCGGUCCAAAUUCGCACUUGGCGAUCGCUUACGCGGCUUUCAGCUACAUUGAUUGCUUCGCGGGCACCGAUUUUCUUUGUCAGAAUCACAGAUGCAUCCCGAUUCAGCUGAAUUGCGACGGUUUCGAUCAUUGUGGUGAUAAUAGUGACGAGCCAGGAACGUGUUUUCAAAAUUGGGAAAUGGAGCCGCACGAGCGGAAAUGGCACAAAGCGAAUUAUUACUUUCCGAAGAUCGAACAAUAUCCCGAUCUGAAAACGGCCACCCUGGUGUUCGUUGCCAGCAGCCUUGGUCUAAUUGUUCUGAUAACGACUCUUAUUAUACUGCUGUACAGAAUAGGAGGAGCGAGACAACAGAGAGAAUUGCAGUCUCGUUUGGAGACAAUCAGUGAGCUUUUAGUUUUUAAUAUUACAGAUGGUGCACGAAUCGAAGAGAUAUCCUUGCCAGAUGAUCCACCUAGCUACGAAGCUCCGCCAGGUUACGAAGAGGUUGCGAAACUCGCCUUAUCGAAAAAAUAUGAACGUUUGAAUUACGAAUCAUGCAACAGAAGCUCUUCAAGACAAUUCGAUGAGGAUGCGAAUUCUUCUACUUACUUGGUAGUGGAGAGCACGAACGACAGUUGCAGCAGGCGAACAAACCCGGUAGCAUCGGAGAACGAUCGACGUGUGCUACCUGAGAGUCCACCACCCCCAUAUAUUACGCCCACGGAAACUAUACUGCGGAACAUGAACCUAGCUGGUUUAUCGGCAUCGAUGAAACAGAUGUGCCCUGUUCGUCGCACUUGGCUUCGACGCAGCGCGCAGUAUCCUGAAUCCUCUUCCAAUGAUCGUCCAUCUGCCGUCGAUUUAUCCUCAUCCACGGAUAUUGAAGCUCUCGAUACAUAUCGAACGGAUUGCACCAUUCCGGAUACGAAUUGGCCACUGGAAAGUCCCCAGCAAGAGGUUCAGGUCGUUUCAGAAACGGCCCAAGAAAAUACUGUAGAAGUAUUAAAAGCGAAUAGUCGAGAUGUUACAGGGGAAAAUCACGAUGAGACUAUCGAUGGAACUGUUGACAGAUCGGACGAGAGGAACAUGAGCUGUUCUUGCGAAGGCGCAUGCGGCUGCGUCAGCCAAGAUUAUUCCACCGGCAAUUCAUCAACUUCCAUAACACUGAUAAACAAUGACCGUGAACUGGAACGUGAUCAAAUGGUGAUCGCAACCUCUUCCACGGGAAAACUCGAUGCGGAGCAUCAAGAGGAAGAUUUUUCUGUCUCGAAGAGCACCGUCGUUCGGCUGUUAAGUUCUAAGCUGAUGAAACCUUGUCAUAGCGCCAAUUCCACGGCAACAUCCUCGCCCUGCAAUACUUUGCGUCGCUCUUGCAGAAAGUUCUCUCGCGACAGUUGCAUUACUAAGAUCUCGACCAUCAGCACGUGCAGCAGCUACGAUAAACUGCACGACGAUUUCGAGAUCGUAUCGGAGGUGGCGAGCACUCCCGGGUGCAUCACGAAUUCCAGCACGACGGCAAAUACGCCGAGUGACACGCCGAAGAACAUUGUCGGCCAGCGCAGAAGACCUAGACACACCAACUGCGAUCUGACCAGUCUUUACGAGGGCAUCAAGAUCCUCGAUUCGUAUAUGGCACAUAGAAACGUAAACGUUGGUCACGGACAACGACACUCGGUCUCAGUGAUGCUGUUCGGGACUCCGGAACAUGAUUACACACGUCGUCCAGUAUUGUCGUCGCGCCAAACAGCAAGAGAAUGGCGAAUGCGUACUCGUAUCUGGCGAUCCAGUGAAGAUGCUUCAUUCAAUUAAUUUGUCCUCGACCAGAGAAGAAAAAUCGAUGAGAUAAAAAAGGAAUGUGAAUAAUCACCAUAUUAAUUUUUCAACGAUAAAUAGAACAAUAAUUGAAAAAAUAGACUAUAGUUCUAUAAAUUGGGAGAUAUGUAGACACAUGUAGAAUUUUAUAUUUUUCAGUUUUGAUUAAAAUGAAGUAAUUGUGUUACGCUAAACAGAUGAAAAUGGAUUAAAUUACUGAACAAGAUUAAAAACUUUUUAAAUAGUAAUUGGAUAUUGCGUGGCAUAAAUUUCGAAUAAAAUUGUCUCGUAUUAUAUUCCAUUGAACUCUGUAAGAAUAUUUUUGGAAGAAAGGGAAAAUAAAAUACACUUUCGAGUAAUGUAA